UCAGUUUGUUAAGACGAUUUGUAUUUUAUACAGUAUCUGUAUCGGCGUUCGAUAUUCAUGAUGGCGGACGAAGGUGCUUCUUCAAGUAGCAAUUCAGUUGAUGAAGUUGAUGAUAGACAAGAAUGUCAACAGCCAUCAUAUACCUCUAGUUUUACAUCGCAUGUUACAAAUGACAGUGGUGCUGCAGUUAGUAGUUCUGGUCAUAUAACGUGUGGCAGCCAAGGAAUGGUAGGCAUGUCCCGAUUAUCGUGCAAUCCAUUUGCUAUUAAAACAUCUACGCCAACUCGAAGUGUGGCAGAUAGUACAGAUAAUAAAGAAUCUAGGCCUCUUGUAGCUCCGCCAACUUUAAAACUGGGUAAUUCUGAUAGUGGUAUAUCAACGUCAGCUCCUAAAAUUGUAUUAAGGCCAUCUGCUCUGUCAGUGCAGGCAGAAAAACUGAAACUUAUGAACAAACAUGAUGGCUCAAAACAAGAAGGAAAAGAAAAUUCAUCUGACGAAAGCAACGUAGCUAGAGAUGUCCGUAUAAAUGCUUGUGAAAGUAAUGGGAAAAUUUCCAAAGCAGAAUUAUUUGCUUCUGGAAUUUCCACUUCAACAGAAAUGUCUGGAGCUGCAUCUCCUUCAAAAUCAUCUUCAGCAGAAAAUACAUUUAGCUUAUCUGGGAAAAAUUCUGAUGAUCAGUCGCCAAAUGGUAGUUUUAUUUUUGGUCAGAAUCUACAUGAAAGAGCCUUGAAUUAUGAUUCACAUUGUGAACAGCCUUUAUCUCCGACAGACACACAUAAUUUAACGUUUGAAGAAGCUGCUCUAAAGAAGGAGGAAUUAGAAAAAAUGGAGAGGCAAAAUCAAGAAGAAAAUUUAAAAAGUUUAUCUGAAUCUGCAAAAGAAUAUGAGUCAAAGCAAGUCAAAAGAAAAUUUGAUGAAGUCACUGUUAUAACCGGCGAGGAGGAAGAAUCAAAUGUUUUACAGAUCAAUUGUAAAUUAUUUGCUUUCGAUAAAAUUAAUAUGAAUUGGCAAGAAAGGGGUAGAGGUAUUUUACGUUUAAAUGAUAGAGAGCAUAAAGGACAUCUGCAUUCAAGAGUUGUUAUGCGUACUCAAGGCAGUCUUCGUGUGGUGCUAAAUACAAAAGUCUGGGCUGGUAUGUCAGUUGAACAUCCUAGCCAAAAAACUGUGCGCUUAACAGCCUUUGAUCCUCAGGGAGUUAAAGUUUUUCUUGUAAUGGCUCAACCAAAAGAUGCUGAACAGUUAUUCAAUGCUUUAGACUGGAGAGUGACAGGUCUGAGGUCUAGAGAAGAUUAUUAUCUCAGGAAAAGUGAAAACCAGUCAACAAUAGAAGAAGCUACCAGUUCUUCCACUCUACCAGAUGCUUCUUGUGAUGACAGUUUUCAUGGCUCUCCUAUAAAACGAAGUCGUACAUCAGAAAGUGGUGAUUUUGGAGCUGACAGUAGCACAGAAAUAAGUAUUGUAGUGCAUGAUACAACUGGUGAAACUGGAUCAGAUGGUUUUGCUGAUUCAACUGAUGUUCAGUCAUGAAAAGACAAAUGAAACAAAUAAACUGAGCUGAAGAAAAGCCAUCUCUGUUUUGCCAUAUUUUUUAUGGUUACCUUUUAUAUGUUGAAGUAAAAAGCGCUGUUUCAUAUUGGACAUUCAAUGGCAGCGUUUAGUCACGUGGAUAGACUUUAUAUAAUACAAAACUCAUCUGUUUUUGUGAAUUAGACUGCCUUUCCAAAUAGGUCCAUGAAAUGCCAAGCUUGAUAUGUUCAGUCCACUAUAACAACCUACUUAUGGAAAUUGUAUUUUAGGUUUGAAAUUGCUGAUUUUUGUAUACUUCCAGUUUUCUUAUUUUUUUAAAAAUGUGAAUGGGGGGGGGGAGGGAAGGAGUAUUUCAGCUUAAAUGUAUAAAACUAGGUUUCUUUUACCUACUAGCAUAACUAUUUAGGUUAAUUGAGGAAAUAUUUUGUUACUGAUUUAUAAUUUUAAUUAAAUUUCCUUUGUACUUUUCAUACUUAAAUGUUAGUACCUUUCUUUUAAUACUGUUGUUAGGAUUCAAAUUUCAUGAAGCAUUGCAAAGAAAAUAGUGCUCUGUGAUUAAAUUUUGUGCCUUGUGCAUAAUUUUAUUUUGUGUAAAAAUACUUUUAAUUUUUUAAAAUUUGAAUUAAGAUCCAAAUUUUGAUAAUGGCCAGCUGGGAAGAGGUUUUAAGUUGAAUUCCAUGUUUUGCUAUUUUAUUAAUGUUUUCAAUUAAAGUACCUAUUUCCAUAUAAGUUUGUUAUAUUUUAGUAACUUUAAAUGUAGCAGAACUUAAUCAUACGUAGCAUGUAUUUUACUUUCUUAGUUAUAAUGCAUUUUAUUUUGGACAGUUAAUAAAAUUUGUGGACAUAACAUUGUAUAUUGUAGCAUUCCAUCGAAACUUAAAGUUUUGUGUAUUGUAUAUCAAGCUAGUGCAUUAAAAAACUUUGCCUUUAUCCACUAUGCAUUGUGUGACAGAUGUGGAUGUAAUAUUAAAAGUACUGUCAUUUUCAUAAAAAAAGCCCAGUUGGUUCUAAAUUUAGUAUUUGAAAUAUUCUGAAUAUGCACCAUGUUUAUGUUUGUUCUGAAAAAUCAUCAAUGAUGUGCAAACAUAAGCAAAAUAAAGAAUUAUUUAUAAGUGGUA